UGUUACGCUUAACGUGUUUAUUAUUAUGAAAACAAAUGAAAUGUUAAGAACUAUCAAGUUUUCAUGAAACUGAGGUUAUUUGUGUGAAAAUGGUCAGAACAGUUGUGCCUAAAGUAUCUUCGAUUUUACUAAAACAAGUGCUCGUUGCUAUUUCCUGCAACUUCUUCUGCAUCGGAGUUGGAAGCACCUUUGGUUUAAGUGCUGUCCUCUUGCCCCAAAUCAAAAACGAAACAAAUUUUAUCUACGAUGACAGCUAUGACUCUUGGGUUGGUUCCAGUUCCUGCCUUGCGAUGGCAUUUGGCUGCAUCAGUGCCGGCGUCAUCUCCGAUCGGUUCGGCCGGCGAUUCGCACACCUCCUCGUCGCCCUGCCUUUCAUAGCCGGCUGGCUCAUCCUUGGCUUCGCAAAGAACAUCACAAUGAUUUUAAUUGGGAGGGUCAUAACAGGGGCGUGUACUGGCGCCCUUAGAUCUUUAGGCCCUGUCUACCUCGGAGAAAUCGCAAACCCAGCCUACAGACCUUUUCUAAUUUUCUCACUGUCACUUUCAUCUACCAGCGGAAUUUUCCUCGGUCAUUUGUUCGGAGGAUAUCUCAAUUGGAGGACUGCCUGUUUCAUCAUGUGUGUGCCCACUGUCCUGGGCUUGUGCUUACAAGCAAUUUUAAAAGAAAGCCCUUUGUGGCUUUUAUACCAGGGAGAGAUUGGUAAAGGCACGGAAAUAUUCACAUGGUAUAGGGGUGACAGCGAGAUUGCUCAAAAAGAACUCGCAGAUGUGCUGACUGAACAGAAAAACCGACCACAAAGUUUGUCAUUUACAGAAGGUUUAAAAACCACGUGCAGCACAGCAUUCGUAAAGCCGUUGUUAACGUCUUUCUUAUUGUUCACGACUAUGCAAUUCACAGGAGUUAAUAGCAUGAGUUUCUAUGCCCAGGAUUUGCUGAAAGCCACAUUCUCUGGUAAUCUAGACCCAAUGAUGUUGAUGCUUGUUACGGAUGCCACAAGGAUUUUUGGUAUUUUUAUACUGUUUUUCACUUCAAAAUUUAUACCUCGAAAGAAAUUUUACGUGAUUUCUUGUUCUACGCUUGUAUGUAUGUUGUUAUCAUUGAUUGCAUACAUAGCACUUGAACCUAGUGGGGUAGUUUGGUUUUCCAUUAUCAUUAUACUAUUGUUGGUUUACAUAGGGUUAGGUAGUAUUAUGAUUAGUUUAAGUUGGUCUUUUGUUGGAGAGAUCUUUCCAAGUAGCCUUCGCGGAUUAGGUUCGGGAAUCGGGUGUUCCAGUUCGUUCUUUCUAUUAUUUUUAGUAGUCAAUGUGACGCCAAUAAUAAUGGUGAAUCAUGGUAUAAUAGCUGUAUACUCCAUGUUUGCGGGUGUGACUCUAUUUGCUGUAUUUUUCCUGCAUUUCUUGUUACCGCAGACAGACGGGAAGACUUUGCAAGAAAUUGAAAGUGGUUAUGAUGACAAAAAAAUAAACCAAGGAUAGCUAAGCUAGGUAAUUAUGUUAAGAAAAAAGUUUAAGUCAGUC